GGAGUUGGCAUCGACUGGAUCCGUGCCAAUACUGCGAUGGAGGAGAGGAAUAAUUUUUCCGCUCUCAACUCGCUGACCGAAUAUCACGCCGUCAAGGCCGACAAGAACAAUCACAGCAGCAACGGACAAACACACAGAGAGAGCAAUGGGGCCAUGCAGCUGAAGAAGGAGAUCUCCCUUCUGAAUGGGAUCAGCCUCAUAGUUGGAAACAUGAUUGGUUCAGGGAUCUUUGUCUCCCCCAAAGGGGUCCUUUUUUAUAGCACUUCCUAUGGAUUGUCGCUGGUGAUCUGGGCCAUUGGAGGCAUUUUCUCCGUCUUUGGUGCUCUCUGCUAUGCUGAACUGGGAACCACGAUCACCAAGUCGGGAGCCAGCUACGCCUACAUCUUGGAGGCCUUUGGGAGCUUCAUUGCCUUUAUUCGCCUGUGGACCUCGCUCCUGAUCAUUGAGCCAACCAGCCAAGCCAUUAUCGCAAUAACGUUCGCCAACUACAUUGUGCAGCCGGUCUUCCCUUCCUGCCAGCCGCCUUACGCUGCGUGCCGCCUCAUUGCAGCCGCUUGUAUAUGUCUCCUAACGUUUAUAAACUGUGCCUACGUGAAAUGGGGAACGAGGGUGCAAGACGCCUUCACUUAUGCCAAAGUCCUCGCCCUUAUUGUCAUCAUCGUCAGCGGAGUUGUUAGACUAUGCCAGGGAUACUCGCAACACUUUCAGGACUCCUUUGAGGGAUCGUCGUGGAACCUCGGGGGCAUUUCUCUCGCACUUUAUUCUGCCUUGUUCUCAUACUCAGGUUGGGACACCCUCAAUUUUGUCACGGAAGAAAUCAAAAACCCAGAGAGGAACCUGCCCCUAGCGAUUGCUGUUUCUAUGCCAAUUGUGACCAUUAUCUACAUCUUGACCAAUAUCGCUUACUAUACGGUGCUGGACAUUAACGCUGUGCUCUCCAGCGAUGCAGUGGCUGUGACAUUUGCAGACCAGGUAUUUGGCAUUUUCAGCUGGACCAUUCCAAUUGCAGUGGCCCUCUCCUGUUUCGGUGGACUCAAUGCAUCUAUUUUAGCAUCGUCCAGGCUGUUCUUUGUAGGAUCCCGGGAGGGUCACUUGCCAGAUCUCUUAUCUAUGAUCCAUAUAGGGAGGUUUACACCUGUCCCGGCUCUACUUUUCAAUUGUACGAUGACCCUCAUAUACUUGACUGUAGAAGAUGUCUUCCAGCUUAUUAACUACUUCAGCUUCAGCUAUUGGUUCUUUGUGGGACUGUCAAUUGCUGGGCAACUCUACCUCCGCUGGAAACAACCAAAUCGGCACCGGCCCCUCAAGUUGAGCCUGUUUUUCCCAAUAGUCUUCUGUAUGUGCUCAAUUUUUCUGGUGGUUGUGCCACUCUAUAGCGACACCAUUAACUCCCUGAUCGGCAUCGGCAUUGCACUCUCUGGGAUCCCAGUCUACUUCAUGGGAGUCUCCUUGCCUGCUUCCAAAAGACCUCCUUUUGUCAGCAAAAUCAUAGGUGCCGUCACGCGAGCCACGCAACUGCUUUGUUACUCCGUUUUGACAGAAAUGGACAGUUUCAAUGAAAAAUGAGAAACCGAGUCUGUAUAAAGAGGACGGAAGGCGUCGCUGAAUUUUGGACUUCUUGUCGGACUGGGGUUCUUGCCGGAUCAUACUGUGUCAUGAUCUCGGGCGGUUUUAUUUUUUAUUUUUUUUGUAAAAGGCCAGUCUUCUCAGGCAUAUAAAACUCACGACCCAAAACAAUAAAUGCUUUUCAGCCAUGAAACAAAGAGUGUCUUAGGACAAGCACUCAGGUAUCAAAUUGAGUGGAUUACAUACAGGGACCCAGGCAGCAAAUGCUCAGUUCCGAACCAUUGGAAUACAUAACAUACAGGAGUUAACAGAUCCACAGAUAUAUAAACCUCACUUGCCUAGUUUCCAAUACACCUCACAACCUCUGAGGAUGCCUGCCAUAGAUGUGGGCGAAACAUCAGGAGACAAUGCUUCUGGAACAUGGCCAUAAAACUCACAACAACCCUGUGAAGACAUCCUUUGCUUACCACGCCUGUGUACUGAGUUCACGAACAAAAAAAUUUGCACAUGCCGUUUUGGUGCAAAGACGUGAGAAAAAGUGACACUAUGCAAACGUGAAAGAUUAUUUGCAUAUUUAAACUUGGCCUUGAAAAAAAUAUUGUGGGUGUGGGUGUGCUAUUCAAAUUGUGUAUGUUACUUGCUGUUACAAAUGCCACUUUGUCAUGUUGUAAUGUUUCCUUUCCAGCAUGGUUGAACAUAUCCACACGUGGUGGGGAAAAUUGGCAGUGCCUAGCAAUGACUCACUUUGUGUUGUCGAAGGCUUUCAUGGCCGGGAUCACUGGGUUACUGUGAUUUUUUCAGGCUGUAGGUCCAUGUUUUAAGUAGCAUUCUCUCCUGACGUUUCUCCUGCAUCUGUGGCAGGCAUCUUCAGAGGUUCUGUUGGCAGUAAAGCAAAUGGAAUGUAUAUAUACCUGUCAAAUAAUUUCCAGAGGGGGAGAAAGAAUCCUUGAAGCAAGUGUGAAUGUUCCAAUAGGGAAGCUUGAGUAGCACUGAGUAUCCACGAACCUGCAAAUUCAAUCAGUGAGGGUAUGUGCAUAGAGGUAGCCUGGCCUCUGUUGCCUGGAGGCACCCUCUGUUUGGGAGUUGUCCAUUUCAACAUUUGCACUUUAAAUUAGCAAGCUUGAACAGCACUGAGUAGCCACGAAGCUGCAAAGUCAAUCAGCGAGGGUAUGUGCAUAGAGGUAGCCUGGCCUCUGUUGCCUGGAGGCACCCUCUGUUUGGGAGAUGUCAGUUUCAACAUUCGCACUUGCAAUUAGCAAGCUUGCACAGCACUGAGUAGCCACGAAGCUGCAAAGUCAGUAAGUGAGGGUAUGUGCAGAGGUAGCCUGGAGGUACCCUUUGUUUGGGAAUUGUUAACUGGCACUUGAUUGUUUGCUGUCAGGAGUUCCCCUAUUUUUGAGUGGUGCUCGUUGUUUACUGUCUUGAUUCUGGUGCUUGUCUGUUUGAGGCAAGUGUGCAUGUUGCAAUUGGCCAGCUUGGUUAGCAUUAAACGACCUUGCAGCUUCAAAGCCUGGCUGCUUCUUAUCUGGGGGGACUCCUUUUUUGGGAGGUGUUAGCUGGAGGUUGCGAAGUUUAUUGGAAACUAGGCAAGUGUGAAAUAAGGUCCAGGGUGGGAGAAAGAACUCUUGCAUGUUGAAGAUAAGUGUGAAUGUUGCAAUUGGCCACCUUGAUUAGCACCAAAUAGACUUGCAGCUUCAAAGCCUGACUGCUUCCUGCAAGGGGGAUCCUUUGUUGUGAAUGUUAGCUGGCCCUGAUUGUUUCCUGUCUGGAAUUCCACAGUUUUCAGAGUGUUGCUCUUUAUUUACUGUCCUGAUUUUAGAGCUUUUUAAAAUACUGGUAUCCAGAUUUUGUUCAUUUUCAUUGUUUCCUCCUUUCUGCUGAAAUUGUUUGCAUGCUUGUGGCUUCUCUAUGUAAUGUGACACAAUGCUUUUCAAGAGUGGUCUAGAAUUGGUGUUCUAGACCACUCAUGAAUCAAGACAGUAAAUAAAGAAGCAGGAGGUUCCACCGAUAUAGGUGCACUCCACUUGCCUCACUUCCAACAAACUUCCGAAGUUGCCAGCCACAGAUGCAGGUGAAACGUCAGGAGAGAAUGCUACUGGAACAUGGCCAUACAAUCCGAAAAACGCACAGCAACCCACUUUGAAUUUGGUUCAAAAGACAGUGUUGCAUCUCCAUGUGCCUCCCGUCUCCGUUCCGACGGCCUGCUGCUUUCCCUGGGAUGGGACGUCCCUCUUGUCCCUUUGCACGCCGCUGCCUUGAACCUGUCUGCACCUUCGUACCUGAAAGGACUUCCUUCACAUUCAAUAAGUUGCUUUGGUGAGUCCAAAGGCCAGAAGGGCUUCGUUCAUAAUGUCUCUUUCCACAGGCGUUUUUGCAUGGCUAGUCCAACCAAUCACAUCUGUGUUAAAUCGGAACAAAAUUCGACUCAGGAUUUGACACAGCUGUCUAUAAGGGUUGAAUGAAAAGUAGUGCCUCCACCUUCGUAACUCCUCAACAGGUACUGGUAUGAGGCAGGUACUGACUUGUUCAGUAGACUCUCCUCUAUAAUUUCAUUUUGGCUAGAAGCCUUAGCAUUGAACAGUUGUGUUGUUGAAGUGUGAAGUAUGGAACCCUGCACAGACGAUCGGUCAAUUCUUCCCUAGAGUAGGGAAUAUAAACGAAGCUGGCUUGUUCAGUAGACUCUCCUCUACAGUUCCAUUUCAGCAGGAAACCUUAGCACUGAACAGUUGUGUUGUUAAAGUGCGAAGUAUGGAACCCUGCGCAUACAGUCGGUUAAUGCGACUUAAGCAACGUGUAAUCAUUGAAUUCUUGACAGCAUAGGUGUCACCCCAAAGGAGAUUCAUCAGAGAAUGCAAGCUGUUUAUGGUGAUUGUGUUGGUGUGAGUACUGUGCGUCAUUAGGUAGGUAAGUUUAAAGAUGUUGAGGUGGGAACAUUUGACUUGCAUGACAAACAAAGAGUUGGAUGUCCUGUGACAGCAACCACCAAGUUUCACAAGCAAAAGGUUGACAGAUUGAUUCAGGACGAUCGUCGUAUCACUCAGAGAGAAAUUUCAAGCAUAAUCGGCAUUUCACAAGAACACGUGGGUCACAUUAUUGCUUUGCUUGGCUAUCGGAAGAUCUGUGCACGAUGGGUACCCAGGAUGCUGUGGCCUGAAAUGAAAGCGCAGAGACUUGAAACUUCGGAGACUGGAUCUCACCACCAUACGGCAUCCUCCAGAUUUAGCACCAUCUGUUCCCGAUAAUGAAAGAAGAUCUGUGAGGACAUCAUAAUGCUUCUGAUGAAGACGUUGAGAGAACUGUGAGACGCUGGUUGCGGAAAAAGAGUGUUGACUUCUUCAGUGACGGCUUCAGAAAACUUGUUCAUUGUUGGCAAAAAUGUAUCCAAACGGUUGACAGAUUGAUUCAGGACGAUCGUCGUAUCACUCAGAAAACAAUUUCAAGAAUAAUCAGCAUUUCACAAGAAAGUGUGGAUCACAUUAAUUCUUUACUUGGCUGUCGGAAGAUCUGUGCACGAUGGGUACCCAGGAUGAGAGAACUGUGAGAUGCGGGUUGCGGAACAAAAUGUCAACUCCUUCUGUGACGGCUUCAUAAAAUGUAUUCAUUGUUGGCAGAAAUGUAUCCAAACGGUUGUCAGAUUGAUUCAGGACGAUCGUCGUAUCACUCAGAAAAAUUUUUCAAGCAUCAUCAGCAUUUCACAAGAAAGUGUGGAUCACAUUAAUUCUUUACUUGGCUAUCGGAAGAUCUGUGCACGAUGGGUACCUAGGAUGAGAGAACUGUGAGAUGCUAGUUGCGGAACAAAGUGUUAACUUCUUCUGUGACGGCUUCAGAAAACUCAUUAAUUGUUGGCAGAAAUGUAUCACAAUUGUCUGGUGAUUAUGUCGAAAAGUUAAUAGUUUAAAGAGCACAUUUUAAGGAUUAUUUUUGCGUUUGAUUUAUUAAAACAUUCCCAUCCAAACCCAAGUAACGAAGGUGGAGGCAUUACUUUUCAUUCAACCCUCGUAGAUGACAGGUUUAAGUACUGUAGUGCAUAGCCCUUUAAGCAAAGGAGUUCAGACUACUGUGAUUUUGAGAAAAGGUGAAGUUGGCAUAUGUUUGUUUUCAGUACUUUGUAAUAGACGUACUCACAGUCUGAUGCAUAUGUUGAUAAAUUGGUGUACUAUUUAUAUCUUCUGAGAUUCAAAAAGAAUUGUUUUCUAUCUAUGCACUCCUGGCUUAUGCUGUUUAUAUAUGACAGAUGGAAUUUGCAACCCUUCGGUACACUAGCCUCUUGAAUGUGUAUCACAGCUUCCAUCUAUUUGCAACUUAGGUUUUAGUCUACUACAAACUGCAAUAAAGCUUCGGGUUCGUUGGAGACUCCCAAACACAGUCUCUGCAGCAACAACUAAGUCAUUUCACUUUACUCUAUGGACGUGGCAAUUCUUGUGAACUGUCCCCUCUUGAAUAUUGCAACACUCCAAACUACUGUUGAAAUGUGUUUUUCUUUUUUUAAGGACUUUUGGAUAGUACCUGAUCCUAUCCAGUUGGCUUUUAUACCAUUUUAGUGUAUAUACGAACUUUCGGGUGUAUGUGGGGAGGAAAUUACACUUCCACUGUGUGGGAAUAAAACAAUCACAACCUGA